AUGCCUCACGCCACGGCUUUCCCACCAUUCCCAGCAGACAUCCCGACCCAUCCCCUGCUCGUAGUCGACUACGAGCUUCUCAAGGCACACGACGAAGCUGAGAUCGACAAGCUAUGGAAGGCGGCAACUGAGCUCGGCUUCUGGUACCUGAAGAACCACGGCGCCGACGCCGCGGUCAACGCCAUGUUCGACACCGGCGCCGCAACAUUCGCGCUCCCCCUCGCAGACAAGAUGGCCUUCGAGCAAGGCGACUCCGGAUUCUCGUUCGGGUACAAAGCGUCCGGCGCGACGCUCACCGACGCCUCCGGCGCGCGCGACACGACCGAGUUUUUCAACGUCGCCGCGGACGACGCGCUCGCCUGGCCCGCGGUCGCGCGCCGCACCUACCCCGCGCCGGUGAACGCGCGCAUGGGCGACGCGGUGGGCCCCUUCAUCCGGCGCGCGAUCGAGGUGAACGGGACGAUGCUCGGGAUCCUCAACGAGAGGCUCGGGCUGCCGCGCGGGACGCUCGCGAGCAGGCAUCGGAGGGACGAGUGGAGCGGGAGCGAGGCACGGGUCACGCGGGGCCCGCCGCGCGAGUUGUCCGAGGGCAUCGACGAAGCGAAGGCGGUGCUCGCCGCUCACACCGACUUUGGCAGCCUGUCGUUCUUGCACAACCGCCUUGGGGGGCUGCAGGUCAUGGUACCUGGCACGCGGACGUGGCAGUAUGUCAAGCCCAUUCCCGGCCACGCGAUCUGCAACGUCGGAGAUGCGCUGACAAUCUUCAGCGGUGGCCUUCUCAGGUCCAACCUCCACCGCGUUGUACCUCCUCCUGGAGAGCAGGCGCGAUACGAGCGAUACUCGCUCGUCUACUUCACUCGGCCCGGAGACAGCGUCCAGAUGGCCCCGCUCGCAGAUCAAAGCGCGAUCAUCGCCGAUGCGGUCGCCCGCGCGCCGCCACACCUGCGCGAGAUCUUCGACCUCGCACCGACCUCUCACGAGUGGUUCACGCGCCGGAUGAAGAACAUGCGCGUCAACAACCAGAAGGGAACGGACGGGGGUGUGUGGAACGCCAGCCGCGGUACGGAGCACGAGCCUCACCUGGCUUAA